AUGGACAAGGGAAUCACAGAGCGAGUGAUCCUGCAGAAAGUGGAGAGGUCAUCUCAGAAUCCCAAUAUUUUUUUAACACUUGAAGGUGAUUGGUGGCACUUGCCGAACAUAGUGUCUUAUAAUUUGCCAUAUGGGAUAAAAGACAAUGAAAAUCUUGUCAGACAGAUACUCGUCCAAACAAAGUCCAACAUGCCGGAAAAGAUCAAUGGUUUGGUCUGUAAACGGUGUGUUGUUGUCGGAAAUGGAAUCACCUUAAAGAACAGCUUACUUGGAGAAGUUAUCAACAAAUACGACAUUGUUAUUCGAUUAAACAAUGCUCCAGUGAGAGGCUAUGAAAAGGAUGUUGGCAACAAGACUACUCUGAGAUUCUUUUACCCCGAAUCGGCAAUUGAAGACCUCUCUGGUGAAAAUAAUCCUGACAUGCUCUUUGUGUUGGUACCCUUCAAAACAGUUGAUCUCCUCUGGCUGAAGGAACUUGUAUAUAAUAAAAGAGGAAUAAGGAAUGGAUUCUGGAGGAGACCGCCUAUAAUAAAGAAGUUGGAUAUUUCUAAGUUGCGGAUACUCAGCCCUUUUUACUUAUAUCAAGCAAUGACAGAAUUACUGAAGAAAACAGAUUUCGCCAAAAGGGAAGCACCUUAUGCAACCACUGGCUUUUUAGCUGUCACAGUGGCCCUGAACUAUUGUGAUGAAGUGCAUCUUGCUGGAUUUGGAUAUCCACUAAAUCAAAAAACAGGACUGAUUCAUUAUUUUGAUAAUGUGAAGAUGGAGUUCAUGUAUAGCUACCUCCUGUUCCAUCGUCCUCACCCUAUUGUAUCAAAGAACCUUCCUUUGAACCUUUAG